ACGGUGCCACAGCGCUGCUGCUGCUGCUGUGAUACAACCAAGUGGGAGGAACAGCUUCCUCUGGUUUUUCCCCCAAAACAUGAUGAGACAUCUUCCUGGAGAUGCUACAGAGAUCGUUUUGGCUCCCAGUUUUCUGCACUGCACAAUCUUCCCUCUCUGCUUGGACAGAUAAAUAAGACAACAACAAAAAAAGAGUGCUGGAAGAGGAGAAGAGAGGAGAUCCAUCGUGGGGUGAGAGGGUCAACAAUAGAAGUCCACCGUGGAGGCUAGAAGGAGAAGGAGGAGGGGGGCUGAGGAGGAGGAAGCCAGGGGUUCCACACACAAGAUGGCUGCAGUGUCCUCUGCCUCUGACACUGGGGACUCCAGGAGUCGACACCCCCCUGAACGUAGACUGCUGAUCUUGGGCGGUCCACAGUCUGGCAAGACCUCCACCGCCAACACCAUCCUGGGUGACGAGAUGUUUGAUGCUGGGAUAGAGAACACGCACAGCAAUGUGGGCCAGACGGAGAUCUACGGCAGACGUGUCACUGUGGUCGACACUCCGGCGUGGGCUAUCCCCAGCGACCCAGAGGACGAUGCUGAAAGCGCCAACAAUGAGAACUCUGGCGGUGAGGCAGACAGCCCACCACGCGCACCACCGAGCCUUGACAGCGAAGGUCCAUGCAUGGGAGCUAUUCUGUGCCCUCCUGGACCCCACGUGAUUCUUCUGGUGGUGUCUGUCACCAAGCCGUUUACUGAAACUGACAGGAGGGCCGCAGAGGAGCAGCUAGCAGCCCUGGGUGGAGGGACCUGGAGGUACUCUAUGUUGCUCUUCACCGGGGUGGACAAGCUGCCGAAAGGGAUCUUCGUGGAGGAGCACAUAGAAAACACUGGAGAGGCACUGCAGUGGUUAGUGGAGCGAUGUGGGAGCAGGUACCAUGCCUUUGACAACACCCAGAAAGACACUGAUGAGAACACACAGGUACCCGAGCUCAUGGAGAAGGUGGAGGAAAUGAUCACCGACAAUCAAGGGUGGUACUUUGAGGUGAACGAGCUGAUUUUACUGGAAGAAGAGCAGGCCAGGAGAGCUCUGGAAGAAGAGAGGAUGAGGAUGGAGGAGCACGCCAGACAGAGGGAGCAGAUGAUAGGAGGACCUCCCCGAGAGCUCAGGCUGCUCUUGCUGGGCUGGAAGGGUGUUGGAAAGAGCUCGGUUGGUAACUCCAUCCUGGGCCGUCGGUACUUUGAGUCAGGGCAGGAGACUGAGCUGUGCCUUAGGAGGCAGGCGCUGGUAUCAGGUCGUCGGGUCACUAUAGUGGACACCCCGGGGUGGGACUGGUUCUCGGUGAGGCGAACUCCGAAGCGCAUCCGUCAGGAAUCCCAGCGUGGCGCGGCUCUCCUGCGGCCGGGACCACACACCCUGCUGCUGGUUCUCCCUGUGGUUUCAUCCCUCACCACGAGGAAGAGACGAACACUUCUAUCUCACAUUGAAACUCUGUUUGGUGACAACGCGUGCCUCCACACCAUGGUUCUGUUCACCUGUGGUGAUUGGCUCGGUCGGACGCCCAUCGAGGAGCAUAUCCUCAGAGGCGGAAGGGAGCUGCACAGACUGCUCGAGUACUGUGGGAACUACUACCAUGUCCUGGACAGUAAGACACCUGGCAAAGACAGGAGCAUCUCAGUCCUACUGGACAAGAUAGAGGAGAUGAUCAGAGAAAAUGGAGACAAGGCUUUCCUCCCCAUACAGACCGAGUGGUUGAGUGAAGAGAGCUCUUAUUCUUCUGACAACACAGAACCUGAGGAUGACUGCAGAGGAUGUCAGUUGCAGUGACGCUGAAGCAGUGAAAGGAAUGUGGUCGGACUUUUUGUCCUCAUCUGAUCAUCUUCGACAGACUCAAACAUCACCUUGUGUAACUUCAGCCUCAUAUCCCUGCUAGAUUCUGACAGGUUUUAAGGGAACAAAACAAUUUGGGGUGUGAAUCUUGUGGUGAGUGGUUGGGAGCCGAGUUGUCAGAGAGAACAGUGGAGCUGAAAGUGCUUUGACACAAUGAAUAACCUGAAGGGACUUCAUGUUUGCAAUACCGUGAAUCAAGUGGAGUAUCUGGUUUGAACAGAGCAAGUUCUGUUUUAUGAGAAUGUUCAGAGAUAUCAACUGCUGCUAAAGAGAUCUUGUUUCAACAAUUUGUCAUUCUGUACUGUUAGGUUUUGUGUGACUUACUGAAAGCAGAGUAACUGAGGCAUUGGUUGCAGUCGAAGUCAAAGCCUAGAAGCUCAGCAUAACCAGGCAGUUUUGGUGGUUGCUCAGACUCAGAGGAAUAUCACUCGUAUGUCCUAGUUUUGGUGAGAUGUAACAAUAAUUCUGGUUUCAAAACCCUAGAUAUAAGUUACAUAUUAACAUCGGUGUGACUGUUUUUGUUUACAGAUACCAAAACACAGUCUAUGCACUUUGGCUGCAAUGGCUUCUGCUUCAUAUAUCGUGAAAUAAUCAUUUCAACCCUGAAAGUUAGUCAAAUCCACUUGAGAAAGCAAUUACAAAAAUUUCACACCCAUAGUGGUUACAUCAGAGAAGCUCUAACAGCAGAAAUGAAAGGCUGCAGUAUAUGCCAUCUCAGAUCCUUGUGGACCAGCUUGUGCCAGCUGUGCUUUACUGUUUUUGUGGUCAGCCAUCCACCGCAUUUAUCGGCACGGUUGAUUUAGCAGCGUACCUCAGUGUCAAAAUGUCCAGCGAGGUGGUACUCCAUAAUCUACAUCAAGCUUUUGCAUGCUAUACAUCAGACCCAAGAUAACUUUGUGAAAGAGACUUUUUACUUUUUCUACAUCUGUUCCUUAUGUCAGCAAUCAUGUUUUUUUUGGGGGGGGGGGGGGGGGGGGGUGAGGUAAAUAUAUUUAUGUCCCAGGAGUGCAGUGCAUGCAGAUAAAUCAGUGCCUAUAAAGUUGACACUUUUUAUUCCUCUUAAUCUUGCUUCAGCAAGUCUGUGUGAACUUCUGGUGUGACAUCACAACUCUCUACCUGAACAUGUGCAAAAA